AUGCACAACAUCAUAGAUCACCAACCAGACAUGGCUACUGCGCUGUUAGCUGGAGAAAAGCUCAAGGAGCUGAUCCUUCCUGGCCAACAAGAUGAGAAAGGUUCGCCCUUUGCAGCCUUCAUGGUUCAACUAAAGCUAGAACUCCCCUUCGACAGAGUAGUGUCCAUCGGGACUGUCAUUAUCCCCAUCCUCUUAGUCACAUUGGUAUUUACUAAAAAUUUUGCAGAGGAGUCGAUAUACUGUUACACGCCCAACAAUUUCACCCGUGACCAGGCGUUAUACGCCAGAGGAUAUUGCUGGACCGAGCUGAGAGAUGCUGUGCCGGGUGUGGAGCCGAGUCAGCGGCCGUCCCUCUUUGAGCACAAGUUCCUCCCUUACGCGUUGCUCGCCUUCGCUGGCAUCAUGUACAUCCCGGCCCUGGGCUGGGAGUUCCUGGCGUCCACCAGACUGACCUCGGAGCUCAACUUUCUGCUUCAGGAAAUAGACAACUGCUACCACCGUGCGGCGGAGGGCAGGGCUCCCAAAAUCGAGAAGCAGAUCCAGUCGAAAGGGGCAGGCAUCACGGAGAAGGAGAAAAGGGAGAUCAUUGAGAAUGCGGAGAAGGAGAAGAGCCCGGAGCAGAACCUCUUCGAGAAGUACCUGGAGCGGCGAGGCCAGAGUAACUUCCUGGCCAGGCUGUACCUGUCGCGGCAGCUGUCCGUGGUCUUCCUCAGUAUCAUCCCAAUCAGUUACCUGUGCACAUACUAUGCCAACCAGAAACAGAACGAGUUCACUUGCCCUCUGGGGGAGCCCCCUGACCUGUCCAGCAGUGAGACCCUCCAGGUGCAUGUCAACUGUAAGCUGCCCUCGGUGCAGAUGCAGCGCAUCAUCGCCAUCGUGGACAUCGUGCUGCUGUGCUUCAUCAACCUGAUCAUCCUCAUCAACCUCAUCCACCUCUUCAUCGUCAGGAAGUCCAACUUCAUCUUCGACAAGCUGCACAAGGUCGGCAUCAAGACCAGGAAGCAGUGGCAGAAGUCGCAGUUCUGCGACAUCAACAUCCUUGCCCUGUUCUGCAACGAGAACCGCGACCACAUCAAGUCGCUGAACCGCCUGGACUUCAUCACCAACGAGAGCGACCUGAUGUACGACAAUGUGGUGCGCCAACUGCUGGCCGCCUUGGCUCAGUCUAACCACGAUGUCACUCCCACCAUGCGCGAUGCAGGAAUCCAAACCAUUGACCCCAGUGUGGACCCCGCUGACAUCGACAGCAACGAGCAACUCGUCAUAAAGAGACCCCGGAAGAAAAUGAAGUGGAUCCCCACCACCAAUCCACUGCACCAGCCUUUCAGAGAGCCCUCCACCGCCUUCAAGUUGGAAAACAACAAGGGGGAGAAACCCAAGCCUGCAAGGCGAAAGACAGCGACAGACGGCCUCGCGGCUCCUCUCCUAGACUCGACUUCAAAAUAUUUUCAAGAUUCAUCUUCCAGUAAAAGUGAAGGGAACACAAAUGUUAACAGUGAGAAAAAACACAGUCGGCACUUGUCUUUGGAUGUUCAUCCAUGCAUUGUGACCACCAAAAAGCCCAGGCCGGAUCAGGGAAGUUGCACUUCUAAGACUCAGGAUGGAAACUUCUUGCAUUCAGAGGAGAACAUGUUGGCACAUGUACCAUCUCCCAUCAAAGAUAGUAAUCUGUCUGAAGGAGGUGCUACAAGCAAUAUUAAAUAUUCAUCAGAGAGCUGCCUAACUCUUCCCAUCAGUAAAGCUUAUGCUACCAACUAUACAAACAACUUGCCAACUGUAGCAGUUCCAUCCAAUCUAGAAAAGGAUGUCUGUGACACAAAGUCCCAGUUCAACCGCAACCCUACUCACCCCUUAAUCAACAUCCAGAACAUCCCAGCACUUUAUGAAGAUCGCGAGGAUGAAGCAUUUCCCUCCAGCUUUCUAAAUGCAAGAGUCACAUCUUCUGCAGAUGCAGCAGAUUUACCUACGCAUUCACCAGAGAAGAUAUUACUCGCUACGUUUGAAGACCCUAUAGUAAUGGUUAGCACGAUAGAAUAUUAG